CGACACACGCGCGCGCGCGCCAGCAGGAAGAAAGUUUGGCCGCCCUCAGUGAGCCGAUGAAGGCCUCGCUGGCUCAACUCGGCGGCUCUCGUUGUUAAACAUCGUUAUUAUUUAUAAAAAGCCCUUUCGUGACAAUUCCCCUUACCCCCUUUUUAAAUAAGUGUGAGAGGGGGGAAAAACAAAAAAACACAUUGGGUGGGCGGGUUGUGUGUGGGGGUCCGGAGGGAGGGAGGUUAGGGUGUUUUUUUUAAAUAACGAGAAAAAAGUGAAGGUGAUCGUUAUAAGAGGGAGGGAUGAGCGACGCGGCGAUGCAGCAGGGCCCUCCUGCCAAGGUGCGCAGGACGGAGGCGGGAACAGCAGCAGGAGCAGCAGCAGGCGAGGGAGACAACGGACCAACCGAUAAGGUCCUGACCUCUGCCACCAGCAAUGAGGGUGAAAUCGCAGAUGCUCAGAGUACUGCACCCAGCAUCCCAACCACACUCCCUAGCACCCAGACUCCUGUCCUUGCUGUUCAAGAACCCAUUAUGUCUUCCAGCACACAGGGUCAAACGCAAAAGGCUCUGGAGGAGAUCGACGCCUGCCAGAAUGAAAUCGAUGCUCUCAACGAGCAGGCGAGCGAGGAGAUCCUGCGCGUGGAGCAGAAGUACAAUCGCCUGCGUAAGCCACACCUGGAGCAGCGGAGCGAGCUCAUUCGCAAGAUCCCCAACUUCUGGCUCACUGCCUUUCUAAAUCACCCGCAGAUCUCCCCACUGAUCGAUGAGACUGAUGAAGAGGCUUUCCAUCACAUGACGAAGCUUGAGGUGGAGGAGUUUGAGGAUAUCAAGUCUGGAUACAGGAUAAAAUUACACUUUGCUGAAAACCCUUACUUUGAAAAUGACAUCGUCACAAAAGAGUUCCACCUUGGAUCAGCAGGCAAGCCGGUGUCGCAGAGCACGCCUAUCCGGUGGAAGGCGGGCAUGGAACUGACACGCCAGCACCCUCCGGCCGACACCAAGGGCCAUAAGCGCGGACACAGCAGCUUCUUCAUGUGGUUCGGUGACCACAAUGACCCGACCUCGGACGAGGUCGCAGAGGUUCUUAAGGACGACAUGUGGCCCAAUCCCCUUCAAUAUUACCUUUUGCCCGACAAUGAUGGAGAGAAUGGCCUUGACAGCGAAAGUGAAGAGGGGACGGGGGAUGAUUCGGUGGUGAUAAUUGACGAUGAGGAUGACGACGACGAUGAUGACAGCGAUGGUGACGUGCAGGAGAUUGAUGAUGAUGACGAUGAUGCCCUGGAGUUUGAAGAUGUUGAAGAUGAUGGGGAAGUGCUCAUUGAAGACGACGAUGAUAAAGGAGACGAGGGUCACGUGGAAGUCCUGGAGGGAGACGAUGACGACGAUGAUGACGACGACGACAACGAAGACGACGAUGACUUCGAUGAAGAUGAUGGCGCGGCAGACAAUGAUAAUCCAGGGGAAGAGGAGGAGGAAGGAUAGACGUCGGCUGGACACACCCAUCUGUCUUCUUCGGUGCGAAAAUUAAAGUCUUUUUCAGCAAUGGAAUCCUUCACCCGUUUCCUCCACUGCACUUCUACCUAUGAACCAGCGUGAUAUGGCGACCUUCCUUGUUGACGUGAUAUCAAGGCUGACGUCAAAACAUCAGACAUAAAAAAAUGUUAAUGUAAAAACGUUAAUUGUAGAUUAAAAUGCAUAUUUUGCUGUUAUACAUCACUUUCCAAGUAAUACCAUUCAAAGUUUAUUUU